GCAGUCUUUUAGAGUAUUUGGGCCGUUUACGUCACCUGUAGAAGCGAGAAGAGGACGACCCCCUCAAAACGACGACAAAGAGACAUCGAAUUGUCUUUGUCCAAUCAGACUCAGAAGGACACCAGAGACACGACGGGUCCUGAGAGGCGGUGAGGACGAGGACCGACAAGCCACCUGUACGCUGGUCCCUUCAUUGAAAGGUGUCUCAUCCAAUGGGCUUGGAGCUCAGAGCAGCACAGCGGAAGUCACAACGCAGAAAUCAGUGGAAGUGAACGGCUGCCUGCUGAACAAGCCCCGCCCACCUCUGUGUCGUCACGGCGGCGCGAGCGUCUGAUCUCCGGCCCGUGUCUGUCCGUAACGAGCCGUUUCAUUGGGUUUAACGGGGCGGAGCGUGCCAACAGACCCCGCCCCCCCGUGCCGGCACACGCUGCUAGGAGACCCGCUGGACGCGGCCACGUUCCUGUCACUCAUCAUCAGCCUCUGAGUGCACGUGAACCAUCUUUUAUUUAUUUAUUGUUAAUGAAGAAAAGACCCACGUCGACAUCAGAGACACAAACAAACCCCCAACAAGGUUGUGUGUCUGAGACAAACCUGCUACACAACACGUGGAGGCAAAGAGAGGAUGCAAAUGACAGAACAACGCACUUUAUCUUCUCACUCACAGGAAAAGAAACGUUAUAAAAGUAAAUAUUAGUAAGUAAUUAUACAAAAUUUUAAUAGAUAUCUGGGAACAAAACCUUUAUUUUCAUAUUGAAGCGUUUUAAAUGGCUGCUCAAUGUCUCAUCAAUACAGUUGACUAUUUUAACAACUUAACGGAUAUAUUCUCUUUAUCAUCAGGGACAUUUGGAUUUGAAUCAUAUUGUCAUUAAUCCAGACUUUGAGCGUCACAGCCACUCUGCCAUCCUUCCUUCCUCCCCUCGUCUCCUCCCUCCUCGCUGCUUGGCCGCCUCCUUGCGCACUGAGACGCCUCUAAUCCUCUUUUGAUGAACUCGGUUCCUGGACCUCCUGCAGCGGGUCUUUGGCUCUGAUCAAUGAGCAGCACACGACCCUCUCCACGCCCCCGCAGCACGCACGGCGCGCUCCCGCGCGGCCGGCUCCAUAAAUUCACGCCUCAAAGUGGAGGAAGUAGAAGCUGUCAAGAGGACGGACGCGCAGCGACUUUGGGAUAUAAAGCAAAGUGAUGCCUCCGAGUAAAAGCCUCUUCGCGCCCUUCCACUCGCUGGCCCCGGAGGGGGGGGGCGGCCCCGCGGGCCCCGCGGCUCUCCACGCGGACAUCCAAGCUCUCCUGCAACGGAGCCUCGCGCAGGAGCGACCGGGGGCGCAGCGCGCCAGACGCGGCUGCGACCACCGCGACGCGCCGUGCGCCGUCGUGGAGCUCCGGCUGGGGCCCGACGGAGGCGCGCUGCGCUGCCUGCCGCCGGACGCGUGCGCCCUGGCGCGCGCGCAGAGACGCAGGCGGCUCGCCGCCAACGCGCGGGAGCGGAGGAGGAUGCUGGGGCUCAACGUCGCCUUCGACCAGCUGCGCAGCGUCAUCCCGAACCUGGAGAGCGACAAGAAGCUCUCCAAGUCCGAGACGCUCCAGAUGGCGCAGAUCUACAUCGCCACCCUCAGCGAGCUGCUCCACGAGGGGCCCCCGGGGGCCGCUCCGCCCUCACGGGGGACCGCACCUGCUGCCGUGGACCUUCACACCGGCAGCGGAGGCCCGGAGACAGAGGACACGUGGACCAAAAGACUCGCUUCAACAAAUGCAAGAGACAUUUAGCUCCAGCUUUUAUUCAACUGUAUUCACAUAUUGUAUUUUAGAUGUUUGUCCUGUUAAUAACAAAUAUAUUUUCUUACAAACA